AUAAGCAUACUUUAUUUUUCCCUCCAAAACCCUCGCAGUCUCUCUCAUCUUCCCGCCACAUUCCGACCCUUCUCCAUAAGCUCUUUUUUGAAUUCCCUUCUCCGGUGACGGCAAACUGUUUCCGGCGGAGAAGAUUUUGAAAAUGGCUCCCUUUCGGAGUGAUCGCGUCGACAUUGAUCGUACGGAUACCGAAGUAUUUGACGGCUAUCUUUCACUGCCUACGUGUUCAGCUUAUUGCAGUUAAGGAUUCGAUAUUGUGAUAGGUUGAAAUCGACUCACUUGAUUAUCAUGUGAGGAAACGGAUAAAACUUCAUAUUCUUCAGGAACAGUUGAUUUUUAUGAUGACGAGUUUGAAACUCAAGUAGUGAAUCUUGCUGGAGAAACUCAAGUAGUGGAGCCUAUAAAUGAUGAUUUUGAAACUCAAGUAGUGGAGCCUAUAAAUGACGAUUUUGAAACUCAAUUAGUGAAUCCCCUUGAAGAAACUCAAGUUCUUGAUAUUGCAUGUGAAACCCAAAUAUUGAGUGUCUGUGAUGAAACCCAGCUACUUGAUGAUCCCAUUCCUGAUUGCGUAAAGAAUAUGGACUUUGACACUCAAAUAUUGAAUGAUUUUGAUGAUGAAAUGGCUGGUGAUGAUUUUUAUGAUGAUCAAGGAACAGUGACAACUGAAAUUAAUGUUGAUGACAAUCUACAUGAUGAUGAAUCAGCCCAAAGUUUUGAUCAAUCAGUGGAGGAGAAGGGCCAAUUGACCUCUCCUCUUGGAUAUGAUGCGAGGAAAGAUUUAGAAGUGCUACCAAAUACAUUGCCUGAAAAAUUUUGUAACUCAGGUCCCACACGACUUUCUUCAUUGCGAGCAGCCUCUUUGCGUGCCUCUGGUUUAGCAGCCCGUUGUUCUGCCAUGAAGACUGGAGAUGCUGGGCCUUCUGUUACAAUUGACAAGGAUAAAGAAAAAUCAUCCUUAAAAGAUAAUCCUGUUGACCGGCAUAACGGUAUUGGGCAAUCCAAUUUGAAUGAUGGAGAUUCAGGUAACGUUAAGUGCAGGGUUGGGAGUUCAGCAGUGAGAAAGCUUUUUACAGAUGAUUAUACCCCUGUGGGGGAUUUUGGAGAUCUUCACACAAAGCUUGAUGCUAGUGACGUUGACCUACAUCAGUUGACUGCCUGUGAUGGCGAUGGUGAUCAGUUGGCUGGGUUAAGCUAUGUUGACUCUCAAGAACCUGGGGAUUUAACACAAGACGACGCUCUUGAUUUUGUUGAAAAGUUUCUUAAAGAUAAUUCUAUGGAAUUUGGUCUAGGUAAAGGUAUGCAUAAACGGGAUGCUAUGGUGCAACCAAAGUCGGUUUCUAAUCCAAGAGGACAGUAUAAUCUGGCUAACAUUGUUAACUGUGUAAGAGUAGUUGGAGAAUCAAGAGUUUUUGACUGGGAUGAUAAUCGGGAAGAUGAAGGAGGUGGUGAUAUUUUCCGCAGAAGGAAAGAAGAGUUUUUGACCGAACCUCGAAAACCAAAAGGGAGAAAAUUAGACUUGAGCGUUGAUAAGGAAGCAUCUAUGAGUACCCAAAAUAUGAAAUCAAGGUUAUUUUGUUCUGAUUCUCGUCUAGAGUUGAGAAAAGGAAAAGGGAAUAAUGAGCCAUCUCGAGAAGCCAAUAUUGAAUGCAAAAAGAAUCUAUCCUAUACGUUGGAUAAGGAGAAAGAUGGUGAUCCAUGUGGGGGAGAGUUGCAAGGCAACGGCAUCCAGCCUGAUCAACAAGAAGACGCUAAUGUAGGUUUUGAUACUCAGAUGGCAGCAGAGGCAAUGGAAGCAUUAUUCAAUGAUGAGAAUAUCCAUAAGUUAGUUGAUAAUGAAACAAAUCAACAUUUGGAAAAUAGUUCAAUGGAUUCUUUCAGAGGUUCUCCUUCUAGAAAGUCAUACUCAAGCUUGAAAUUGAGACGAUCCUCGAGGGGACAUGGCUCUAGUUCCGAGGUUGCUCCUAUGCAAUCCAAGAUAAGAAACCAGAAGUUUUCUGGAGUUAUCAUGAAAGCAUGUGGAAAUGAGAUUGUAAAAUUGUCAAACAGAAGUAAGAAAAGAGAUGCUGAUGCAAUCAAUGGGAAUGAAAACAUUGGCUGUGACUUCAACAAUGCAUGUAACAUGAUUCAGAAGCGGCUUUUACGUGGAGAAGUUGUUGAGUUUUCACCUGUUGCAUGCCGAACUAGGCAUUCAAUGAUCGUAAAUCAAUCAAAAAAGGAUGAAAUUGCAUCUAGUGGACGUGACCGGUCAGUUGCAAAGGUAGGUUCGUUAAUCAAGAAAAGUAGUGGUGAUCAGGGCACUAGGGAUUUUGAAGCAAGGAGAACAUCUCUAGAGGCAGCAUCCAAGACUCUCAAGAUGAAGUCAAAAGGUGCCAAAAACAAUGCAAAAAAGUCCAUGGGAGAACGAGGGUUGUGUGAUAUGUUAGCUGGUGAGGCAAGUCUGCCUGGUGAUCUACUUGGACAAACUAUGAAUAGGCGCAAGAGGUCACGUAAUGUGAAGAAAACACGAGCGUCAUUAUGUCUUCUUUCACCUCCUUUAAAUAAAAACUUGAAAAGACCAACUGUCGGCAGAACAGGUGCAGAAAAAGCUCAUAGUGGAACUGUUACCGCUGAUAUAAAUGGUCAAUUAUCCACUGAAGGUUCCUAUCGGCCAAAUUCCAUUCAGCAGUUAAAUAAAAAGAACAAUGGAUGUUCAGUUUCUUCUGUUGUAAAGACUACGACAGAUGAAUCUCCUAGUAAAAGGCACAAACCAUCUGUCACGGUUUGUACAACACCUGAUAACUUAAUGACACCUACAAAUGCUGUAUCACCUGUUUGUAUGGGCAGUGAAUAUUACAAACAAUCAUGCAAAAAGAACCUCUCAAAAUCAAGUCUUUUGAAAGAACUUCGUGAUUUAACUGCUUCGGGUCUUGUAUCGAGAUCUUGUCCAACUGAAUCAAGAAAGAGAAAAGAUAUGAAUGAUGUUCGAGUCUUGUAUAGCCAACACCUUGAUGAGGGCAUAAUCAAACAGCAAAAGAAGACGUUAACUCGCCUAGGGGUUACUGUGGUAUCCUCCAUGGCUGAGGCAACACAUUUCAUAGCGGAUAAAUUUGUACGUACGAGGAAUAUGUUAGAAGCCAUUGCUCUGGGCAAGCUUGUGGUGACACAUCUAUGGAUUGAUAGUUGUGGACAGGCAAGCUGCUUCAUCGACGAAAAAAGUCACAUCCUACGAGACACCAAAAAGGAGAAGGAACUUGGCUUUAGCAUGCCAGGUUCAUUGGCGUGUGCUCGCCAGCGUCCUCUUCUAGAGGGUCGACGAGUGUUGAUCACGCCAAAUACAAAGCCCGGGAUAGCCAUCAUUUCAAGCUUGGUCAAGGCGGUAAAGGGUCAAGCAGUAGAGAGGAUCGGGAGGUCUAUGCUGAAAGAUGAUCAAAUUCCAGAUGAUUUGUUAGUUUUGUCGUGUGAAGAAGAUUACAAUACGUGCUUGCCUUUUCUUGAAAAAGGCGCUGCAGUGUAUAGUUCUGAGCUGCUACUUAAUGGGAUCGUAACGCAGAAGCUUGAGUUUGAAAGGCAUCGUCUUUUCGUAGAUCACGUCAAGAGAACUCGUUCGACGAUAUGGCUCAAGAAAGAUGGCAAUAAGUUUCAACCUAUUACCAAACGUCAAUGACUUCAAUCCGUAAUAAUUGAUUUUCUGUCAGGGUAUGCUCUUUCUUGUAGAUGUUGGUUGCUGUGUAAUAUUAUAUAAGUUUUGAUGCGUCCUAUCUUUUAGAUUUCAUAGUUUCAUGUAAAUGUUUAGGCUAUUAGAGAAGGUGAUGCACAUGUUACAUUUUUUGUUUAUUCUUGUCAUAAGGUUUUGCAAGAGCACCAUAUUUUAGAUUGAGUCAUUUAGUCUAAAUAAUGCGACUACAUAAUAACUUAUGUGACUUUAAGUUUGGAAUUCAUACUUUUUUAGUUCAUAAUGUGAUUAUUUACAAUUAUAGAGAA